GCGAUUGGUUGUCAGCAUCUCAUUUAUACGCCGUCAAUCUGCAUCACAUGGAUAAGUAACUAUUGACUCCGAACGGCAGGACAAGUUUGGCAGAAGAGUUCGCGGCAGUUUGCGUGAACGCUGUGCCUUUUGCGUUGGUGGAGUUGCCUCGGGGAUUGUUUGUGUGCUUCCUGUUUUUUUUUGUUACCUUUUCCGCUUCUAGCUUGUUGGGCUGAAUGUAUGGGAUGAUGGAAGCCGAGCUGAAGCCGGCUGGGCCCCAGUCCAACGCGGGGACAGUCGGCAACUCGGCGCCGGGAAACACGGGCAAGAGCGGCAACAACAACCCGGACCGGGUGAAGAGACCCAUGAACGCUUUCAUGGUCUGGUCGCGGGGCCAACGCCGGAAAAUGGCCCAAGAAAACCCUAAAAUGCACAACUCCGAGAUCAGCAAGAGGCUUGGUGCGGACUGGAAACUUCUGUCGGACUCGGAGAAGCGGCCGUUCAUCGACGAGGCGAAACGCCUGCGAGCUUUACACAUGAAGGAACACCCGGAUUACAAAUACCGGCCCAGGCGCAAAACCAAAACCCUGAUGAAGAAAGACAAGUACUCUCUGCCCAGCGGUAUCCUGAGCCCGGGUUCUGUCCCGAUCAACAGCGGCGUGGGGGUGAGUCAGAGAAUAGACAGUUACCCCCACAUGAACAGUUGGGCCAACGGGACUUACCCACUGAUGCAAGACCAGUUGACAUACUCGCAACACCCGGGCAUCAGCAGUCCGCAGUUACAGCAGAUGCAUCGCUACGAGAUGGCGAGUCUUCAGUACAGUCCCAUGAUGUCUACCGCUCAGAGUUACAUGAACGCGGCGACCACCUACAGUAUGUCCCCAGUCUACGGUCAACAAAGUACCCCGGGCAUGGCCCUCGGUUCCAUGAGCUCCAUGGUGAAGACUGAACCCACCACACCUCCGCCGCUAACGUCCCACUCCCGGGGGGCUUGCCUGGGCGACCUGCGUGAUAUGAUCAGCAUGUAUCUCCCACCCGGAGGAGAAGGCGACCCUUCUUCCCAGAACAGCAGACUUCACAGUGUCCACCAGCACUAUCAGAGUGCGGCGAUAGCGGGCACAGGGGUCAAUGGAACAGUUCCUCUAACUCAUAUCUAACAGCAAUUAAACCACCAGAACAAAUCGCCAUCUCCACUAACUUUUGGCAUUCGAGCAAAAUUAAAAGGAGAGAGCAAAUAAUUUGAUCACGCUUGCCCAUCAAACUGAAUUUGUGUGUGUGUGUGUGUGUGUGUGAGCGAGACCUUGGAGAUGAUCUCCGCACCGUAUAACUUGUUAAAAAUCAUCAACAACAACAACAUUGGUUUCUAAAUGCUGAAGUUGAUCACUUUUCGCGCCAGUUGGGACAAUCAUCUGUUCUGCAUGAACGAGGCUCCCUUUUUAGAUGCCAAGUUUUAUGUGAAAAAGAAGAGGCCUUCCCGAAACUUUCAAUGGCUUCAAAUAUUAACUGUAACAUCCAGAGGAAACUUUUUUUGGAAUUGUCUAAUUUGUGUACAUGUAAAUAACUGUUCAAUAAUGUGACACCAGACCUUGGUUUCAGAAUUAUAUCUUGUAGGGUUUGUGUUUUAACCUCCUCGCCUUCCCCUUCCCCACUCCCUUCGUUUUUAGCUUUUUGAACGACUGCGGGGCCGCAACGCAAGUUUUAAUUUAUAGUAUCUUUUUGUUUACACUACUUGAUGCUUGUGAACAUUUUAAACCUCUAUCUGGACCCUCCGACCUUGUCUCUGGAUUUGUGAAUUUAUGGGUGGAGCGUUCUACCAUAUUGGUUGAGUAAUUAUAUUGAACAAGCAGAUAUACUAGUUUACUAAUAAGGCUUCUUGUGUUUUUAAACUCUGGCUCCUGGUCCUGAAAUGAGGAUGAAUAAAUUUUUACAAAAAUCACACGACCCAGAUGUUUUGCGGUUCCUAUUCAAAGUAGGACUGUCGGGUACGAUAAAGGUUGUCAAUGUGACUCCCGGGAAGAAAUCGCCGGAUCAAGAGGUGGAUUCAAACACUGAUAGUUGACGGAAAUGCCGGCUGUGGAAAUUGCAAGUCGUGGUAUCUCGACCUUGUCACAAAUUAUUGGGUAGUUCACACAUUAAUAAAGCCUGCGUUUACCCAGGCUAUUACUUCCAAUGGAAUUCUAGCGCCUUGGAGUUCUCUAACGUUCUGUUGUUCAUAUAAAUGUAGUAAAAGUGCGCACAAGCUGCGGAAGAUGGCCAUGAAUCGCUGGAUAAUUUUUCUUUAACGAUGCAACUUUCAAAAUGUCGAGAGUGGGUCCAGAAUACUCGUCAACCAGUUCCCCUACAUGGAAUUACAGAGCACUUGUCGUCUUUGUUCUGAACAUUUCAAACUUGACCAGUUUUCCAACAAGCAGACCAAGAACAGGCUAAAUUGGAAUUGUACAUGACUUUCAUUGGUUAGCUGAUAUGCGAAACACUGCAACCCUGUAUAUCUCUCACACAAAACACUGUAAAUUAUGUAAAUCUUACCAUGAAUGACACAAAUAAAAAGUGUUAUCCG